AUGAAAAAUACUAAGGAAGAACACUUACUUAUGUUCAAGGAAAUCCGAAGAGCUGAGGAUCGGAGGAUAGAAAAAGAACAGAAAGAUGCUGAAGAAGCCGCUGAAGCGUUAAAGGAUAAAGGAAAGGGUGUUGUAGUUGAUACUGAAGAGAUUCUUGGUUCAUUCAGUCAACAAGAGCAACCACAACUUGAUGUUGAAACGAAUGUUGCAGAUGUUGAAGUUAAUAUUGCAGAGGUUGAAGUGAAUGAAGAAAAUGAUCCAGUUCCAGCAAAGUAUUUCAUCCUUGUUGGUGAAUUGAAAAGUGUAUACUACAGCAGGGAAGAGAAUAUUAGGAGAAUUGAAAUUGAAAGACGUCGUCUAAAAGCAAAGGAAGCUAAGAAAGCUCAGGUUGACGAAAAGGUUGACAAAGAAAAAGAUGACGAGGAUGAAGAGGAUGAUGAUAUGAAGGAUAUUGAUGACUUCCAUGAAAGUGACGAUGAAAAAGGUGAUGAUGACGAUCGGAGAGGUAAUGGUGGUGCUUUAAUUGUGAGACCACCUAGUGCUAAUAAAGUUGAUGAUUAUCUUGAUGAUACAUUGAAUGAGGAAAGAGAGGAAGAACAGCCUCAGGGGGAGUCUACAUCGGGUGCAAAGGAUGCUAAUCUUCAAAAGGUAUUUUCUAACAUUCCAAAAGUUAUUUACCUGAGUCAUAAUGUUGAAGAAGGAGAACUUGUGGAGAAUUGGAUGAGGGAGUCUAUGUUGGAGGCAUUGGGAAUGAAUGAUGAAAACUUGAAGUUUGAUAUUGAAGACAAAAUCCAACAGCUCCAGAUGGUGAAUAUGUGUUCAAGUUUGUGGAAGAUGCAGAUGAUUUCAAUGAUGUGA